CGCGUUUGAAAUUUUACUCUACCAUUUUCUAGUUAUCGUUAUUAUUUUGUCUUCAUGUCAUGCUUGUGUUAUACCUAAUUGCUGUUGAUUGCUUAGAUGUAAGUGCAUUCUUUGCGCUCGCUUAGUCGUCGAUUCACUCUUUCUUAUGUUCCUUCCUUUUUGCAGAUAACCACACACUGCUCCCCACACCCCAAAACGCAAGGCACUUUCAGACUAAACGUAAACUUCCUAUAGGCUGAAGUUACAAUGACAAAUGAAGAUAAAGUCGCACUAUGCAUUAGAGAUGAGGAAAUAUGGCAAGAACUGUGUUCAUAUUUACGAAAAAAACUAUUGCUGAAAAAGUGUGUCAAGUUUUCUAACCUUGGGACUUUCGGAUUCAGUCAUCGGGAGUUUUUGUUAAAAGACGGAGUUUAUGCUGAAGUUCACCGACCAACUUUUUUAUUAUCGGAGAAGCUAUGUCAAUCUUACGGCAUUGUCCAACGGAAAUAUGUGAUUGACGGAUCAAUCCCAUUAGUUCAGCUCAAUUAUAGUGAACUGAGUUCACAAAUAUCUGCUCCAAGAGAACAAAUUGAAGAUUGUGUGCAAAGUGUUUGUGUCACACUAAGUCAAUACUUGUAUCAUGAAAAAUUUGCCGAAGUUAUAUUCAAUGAUAUUGGAAAGUUACGUAUUAACAACAAAAAAUCAAAAUUCUGUUUCUUCAAUGGAUUCCUAAGUGAACUUGAUAAUACUGGAAGGCUAGCUCAAACAUUUCAAAAUCGUCCAGAAUCUUCUGAUGGUUUAACAACCGAUCGGUCAAUGAUGAGCAACAGAAGUUACAAGUCUAUUAAUUCCCUUGAAAAGAGAUUGGCUACCAUAGAUGAAGAUAAGCCUUCUACUUCUGUUAUGUCUGCUUUAAGUGAAAAAAAAUAUGAACCUAAGAGACAAGAUGAUCAGUCAAGUGUCAGUAGUAAAUUUUCAAGGAUGGAUGAUCCUGAUAUUGAAAAAAGUGAUACUGAUUCUCUGGCAUCUUGUAUUUGUACUAGUGGGAUAAAUCGAAACAGUAAAUUUUCGACAGUUGAAGAAGUACCGCAAACUGUCAAUCAGCAUGAAUCACUCUCAGUAGAAGAAUGUAAUGAGAGUUCCAGAAGUUCAAGUCCACUUUCAUCGGUUACAGAUAAUGCUGAAUUAAAUCAAAAGGGUUUCAUUCCGGGGGAUUCGCCAAAACUUUUUACAGCUGAUUUUCAACAAAAUGUUGAACCAAGUGCAAAAAUCACAAAUCAUUGUUCUCCAUCAUCUAUGAGUUCCAAAUUGUCAAAUCACUCAAGAUCUACUCUGUCCAGUGUACGUUCAUCAAAAAGUAAUAUUGAAGAACUAGAGAAAAGGAUACCUAAAACCGAUGAGAAUUGUAAUCAUGUAUUAAGUGAAAAAAACGGGUUAUGUUAUUUAUGUCAUCAGAGACGUAUGCGUAAUAUUCCUGUAGAUUUAAAAGAUGAAAUUAAAAAAAAGGAGCAAGUCGAAAAUGAACUUUUACACAUUUAUCAAAAAAUGAGGGAAAAUAAUGAAGCUAAACAAGAACAAGAAAUUUUAUUAACCAGGAGAAAUGAAUUAUGCAGACAGGCAGCUUUUAAUCUCGGUGUUGCUAAUUCUAAACGCAUGAAAAAAUCAUUCGUAGAUCCUACAAUCUAUCAAACAUUUAUUAUGGGUAAAAGACCACCCACACCGCUUCGUCGAAAUAAACAGCAAGAAUUAAAAGCUGAACUUGACAAUCAAGUUGAACAACGGUUAUCGGAUUUACAUCGUUUAAAAGAACAAGAACUUAAUUCAGGCAAAUUGGAACAAGCUAAGUUAGUCAAAGAACUGGAAAGUCAAAGAAGACACGUGUAUGAAAACAAAUUGCAGAGCCAAUUAGCAUACAAAGAAGCUCUGGACUUUCAGGUAAAUCAUAAACCUGAACAUCUACCUAAAUCUGAGGACAAUUCGUUAGGAUUUAUGUCGAAGUUGUUCUCGGAUAAUGAUAAAAAACUUGUUGAACGUAACUCAACUGCGAAAUCUGUUCAAGAGCAUCAGUUGAAAUCCAUUGAGGAGUUAAAGAAUCAACUGAAAAAUGAACAGCUUAAUGUGAAAGAGCAAGAAGAAAAAGUGUUAAAACGUGUUCAUGAUGAUUUAGUUGCGGACAUAGUGCAAAAAAAGCAAGAACAUAAGUCAGUGCAACAGUACAUGCGAAACGAAUGGCUUAAUGCUUCACAAGUGAAACAUGAUAAAGAGUUGCAUGAGAAAUUAAGAGAUCGAGAUCAACAAAGUCUUCUUUUAUUAGAACAAACUGCACAAUACGAGAGAUGUAAUCAAUGUAAACGUAGCUUGAAUAAUGUUGGACAAUCUCAUUUGACAACAGAUACUUAUGUGCGAGGGAAACAAUUUGUAAUUUAGAAUUGUUUUUUAAGAUAAUAUCAUGUUCAGAAGAUCUAAUUUUGUACUUUUUAAACGGAA